ACAAGUAAUUUUAAUAGAUUUAUCAUUUUAGAUUAAAGAAACACUCCAAUUAUGUGUAAGAAAACUGCUGAGAGUAUGCUUUUAGUGAAGUUCAACUCAUUGGAGCAUUUCUACAAACACUUUGUAGUCAAUAACUCACUCCCAACAUUCUACAAUAAGAAAUCUGUCGAGUACCCAUAAAAGUUCACCAAAACAUAUUUUCAGUAAAAUUCAACUCAAUGGAGCACUUUGACAAACACUUGGUACAAUAAGAAAUCAGUCGAGACUUACAUGGUUAUUGGGUUAAGGUAGAGAAUGCAGGAGAUAUGUUGACUCUCCCAUGUCUAUCAAGAAGACGAAUCACAGAGAAGAAAAUGACCCAGAAGCAAUAAAGUAUAUCAAGGUAAGGGUUUCGUUACAAAAUAUUUACUUCAAUCGACCAAUUACUCAAAGACUUGAAAUUCAAAUAAAAAGAGUCGUAUGCUUUAGAAAAAUUCGUCUGGGUUUCUUCUUUUCCAAAUGUUGGUUGGGUCCUGCCGGCGCUGUCAAAGAGCUUGGCGUUGGUGGUCGUAACUUGGCGAGGCGAUGAUGGGUGUGGCGGUGCUGUGCGAGGUCGAUGAUGGGAGGAGGUGGGAGGCGCUGAAGUUGGUCGGAGGAGGGAGAAGACUAGAAGGAUGAUCACAGUGAAAGGUGCAUAAAAGUUAGAAUUGAUUGGGCGUCGUGGGUGUAUCCUCUUGAAAUGAUGUGAUUUCUUCGCAACUCUUUGUUGUUUCAGGCUUUCAGCCCUGCUAGUUUUUUUGGCAUUUCUUAAUAUAUUUGGCCGUUUCAAAAAGGCCCAAAAAAGUCAACUUCUAAACUGUCAUAUAUAAAACAGCGCUUGAACAAGGAAAGGAAAACGAAGAAAAUGACAGCUGCAGCAAUUCUUUUGGCGUAGAAUCUCAUUAAUUCAAAUACGAACACCAGCAAAGCUUAUUCAUAUUAUUAUAUACAUUUUAGCAUGAUAAACAUUGUUGUUCACGACGUAUAAAAGGUGAAGAAGACUAAAAGAGGAAUCUGUAGUCUUGUAAAAGCCACCCUUUAAGUGGACGAACACAUUAUAGGCAAAUUGCAGAUAAACUUAAAAGGACAGAAGCUAUUCUACAUACUACAAUGGAGACAUGUUAUUCAUUCCAGAUUAGCAAAUAAGAUCUUACUUACACACCCACCACCAAAAAACUUCUCUUUUUAUGAUUUGAGUAGUGAAGAUCGGAGGAGGAGAUGACGGCAGCACCUGGAGGUGGUAUUGCUUUUUCCACAAAUGAGCGGCAGGUUGAUGAAGAUGAACUCAAAAGGGCUGCCUUUGAGAGAAUCCCAACACACAGAUUAAAAAAAGGAUUCUUGAAGCAAGUUCUUGAUAACGGACAAAUUGUUGGUCAAGAGAUUGAUAUCGCAGAUCUUGGACCUCAAGAUAAGAAACUACUAAUAGAAAGCAUACUCAAAGUAGUAGAAGAAGAUAACGAAAAGCUUCUAAAUAGAGUUCGAGCUAGAACCAAUAGGGUCGGGAUCGAUAUUCCAAAGAUCCAAGUCCGCUACAAAAACUUGUUGAUCGAAGGAGACGUUCAUGUUGGGUCUAGAGCUCUUCCUACUUUGCUAAAUGCCACACUCAAUACCAUGGAGGGACUUCUUCAACUCUUCAAUCUUGUUCCUUCGAAGAAAAGGGUUGUCAAGAUCUUACGUGAUGUAAGUGGGAUUGUGAGACCAUCGCGCAUGACCUUACUUCUUGGACCUCCUGGUUCUGGAAAGACUACAUUGCUGAGGGCACUUGCAGGAGUACUAAAUUCCAAUUUAAGAGUCACCGGAGAAGUUACCUACUGUGGUCACCGGAUGUCAGAGUUUAUUCCUCAGAGGACUUGUGCGUAUAUUAGUCAACAUGACUUUCAUAAUGGUGAGAUGACAGUUAGGGAGACAUUUGACUUUGCUGGGCGAUGUCUAGGUGUAGGAACCAGAUACGACCUCCUGGAAGAACUUUCACGACGUGAAAAAGAUGAAGGGAUUAAACCAGACCCGGAAAUUGAAGCUUUCAUGAAAGCCACAGCAGUAUCUGGUCAAGAAUCUAGUUUGGCUACAGACUAUGUUUUAAAGAUUCUUGGAUUAGAUAUCUGUGCUGAUAUGGUGGUAGGUGAUGUGAUGAGAAGAGGAAUAUCUGGUGGCGAGAAAAAACGUGUCACUACUGGAGAAAUGUUGGUUGGGCCUGCAAAAGUGUUCUUCAUGGAUGAAAUCUCGACUGGUUUAGACAGUUCGACCACUUUUCAGAUCGUCAAAUACAUGAAACAACUGGUUCACAUAAUGGAUGUAACAAUGAUCAUUUCCCUUCUUCAACCCGCACCAGAAACAUUUGAACUAUUUGACGACAUCAUACUCCUCUCUGAAGGUCAAAUAGUCUACCAAGGCCCACGUGAAGACAUUCUUGCUUUCUUUGAGAGUGUAGGAUUCAAAUGCCCAGAAAGGAAAGGAGUUGCAGACUUUUUGCAAGAAGUCACUUCAAGAAAAGACCAAGAACAAUACUGGUUCAAAAGAAACGAACCAUACCAUUACAUCUCUGUACCUGAAUUCAGUCGGCUUUUCAGCCAGUUUGAAACCGGUGAGCGCCUUUAUGACGAUCUUGCUCUUCCUUAUGACAAAACCCAAAUGCAUCCUGCUGCAUUGGUGACCGAAAAGUAUGGUAUUUCAAACAUGGAGCUCCUUAAAGCAAACUUAGCAAGAGAAUGGUUGCUGAUGAAACGGAAUGCUUUCUUGUACAUAUUCAAGACAACUCAAAUUACUAUUAUGUCGGUUAUUACUUUCACAGUGUUCUUUAGAGCUGAAGCGAAGACUGGUCGACUUGAAGAUGGUGGCAAGUUUUAUGGUGCUUUGUUCUUUAGUCUUCUGAAUGUGAUGUUUAACGGGGCUGUUGAGCUCGCAUUGACGGUUAUGAGGCUGCCUGUGUUCUUUAAACAGAGGGAUUCGCUGUUUUACCCUGCGUGGGCAUUUGCAAUACCUAUAUGGAUAAUGAGUAUUCCUAUAUCAAUCAUGGAGUCAAUAAUAUGGAUUGUUCUAACAUAUUACACUAUUGGGUUUGCUCCUUCUCCUAACAGGUUUUUCCGACAGCUUUUGGCUUAUAUUGGCCUACAUCAAACGGCUUCGUCUCUUUACCGUUUCAUGGCUGCCCUUGGAAGAACGCAGGUCAUAGCAAAUGCUCUUGGUACCUUUAUGUUGCUAUUGGUUUUUGUACUCGGUGGAUUCAUCGUUGCAAAAGACGACAUUGAGCCAUGGAUGAUAUGGGGAUAUUACAUUUCCCCAAUGAUGUAUGGACAAAAUGCCCUUGAAAUCAAUGAGUUUCUAGAUGAUAGAUGGAGCACUCCAAAUCCUGAUCCAAGAAUCAACGAAACAACUGUAGGGAAGGUUCUUCUAAAGUCGAGGGGGAUGUUCACAACCGAUUACAUGUAUUGGGUUUGUGUCAUUGCACUCUUUGGGUUUUCUCUUCUUUUUAACCUCUUGUUUGUGUUAGCUCUCACGUACUUGAAUCCCCUUGGAGAUUCAACAACCAUUGUUCCAACAGAAGAUGAGCAGAAUAAGAAGUACCCAGAAACAGGCACAGAAAUGGCAGCAAGAAAGAAAGGAAUGGUGCUCCCGUUUGAGCCAUUGUCACUUGCAUUUGAUCAUGUCAAUUACUAUGUAGAUAUGCCUGCUGAAAUGAAAACAAAAGGAAUAGAAGAGAAUCGUCUACAACUCCUACAAGAUGUUAGUGGAACGUUCCAGCCAGGCAUCCUGACAGCAUUGGUUGGAAUCAGUGGGGCAGGAAAGACGACAUUGAUGGAUGUGUUAGCUGGGAGAAAGACUAGUGGGUAUAUUGAAGGAAGUAUCAGCAUCUCUGGUUACCCUAAAAAACAAGAAACAUUUGCUCGUGUCAGUGGAUACUGUGAACAAAACGACAUCCAUUCUCCCCAUGUCACUGUUUAUGAGUCCCUUGUGUACUCUGCCUGGUUACGCCUUGCUCCAGACAUAACCCCACAAACUUGCCAGAUGUUUGUGGAAGAAGUCAUGGAUUUGGUUGAACUGAGCCGGUUAAGGAAUGCAAUAGUUGGGCUUCCAGGAGUAGAUGGUCUUUCAACAGAACAAAGAAAGAGGCUGACAAUAGCAAUAGAAUUGGUUGCAAAUCCAUCAAUCAUCUUCAUGGAUGAGCCCACAUCAGGACUUGAUGCAAGAGCUGCUGCCAUUGUCAUGCGUACUGUCAGAAACACGGUAGACACCGGUCGUACAGUUGUCUGCACGAUUCACCAACCGAGUAUCGACAUUUUUGAGGCUUUUGAUGAGUUAUUGUUGAUGAAAAGAGGUGGACAGGUCACUUACACCGGACCUCUUGGGCACCAAUCUAACCACCUAAUAGAAUAUUUUGAAUCUAUUCCUGGAGUCGACAAAAUCAAACAAGGUCAAAAUCCUGCUACAUGGAUGCUUGAAGUUACUUCUUUAGCAGUCGAAACUCAACUUGGUGUUGAUUUUGCAGAGAUUUAUGCCAAUUCUGAUCUUUAUAAGAGAAGCCAGAAGCUCAUUAAGGUGCUAAGUACACCCAUAAAAGGGUCCAAGGACCUUUACUUCCCUACAAAGUACUCUCAUUCCUUCUGGACACAAUGCAAAGCUUGCUUAUGGAAACAACAUUGGUCAUACUGGAGGCAUCCACAGUAUAAUGUUGUUCGGUUCUUCAUGACAACAAUUAUUGGCACUCUUUUUGGAGUAAUUUUCUGGGACAAAGGCCAAAAAACUGACAAACAACAAGAUGUAAUGAAUCUGAUGGGGGCUAUGUAUGGUGCUGUACUUUUUCUUGGUGGAACCAACACUGCGGCUGUGCAGUCUGUGGUGUCUAUAGAAAGGACAGUUUUCUAUCGCGAGAAGGCAGCAGGGAUAUAUUCACCAAUCCCUUACGCAUUUUCUCAGGUUGCCAUUGAGGUGGUUUAUGUAGGCAUCCAGACAAUCAUAUACAGUCUUUUGAUUUACUCCAUGAUUGGAUUCGAGUGUUCAAUAUACAAGUUCUUAUGUUUCCACUUCUAUAUGUUCAUGUCCUUUCUUUAUUUUACAUUAUAUGGGAUGAUGCUUGUGGCCCUCACACCGAAUUAUCAGAUUGCAGCCAUUACCAUGUCGUUCUUCCUCAAUUUCUGGAACUUGUUCUCUGGUUUCUUAAUCCCCAGAAAGCAAAUACCGAUCUGGUGGAGGUGGUAUUACUAGGGUUCACCGGUGGCAUGGACGCUAUAUGGCCUGAUCACAUCUCAGUUUGGUGAAAACGAAAGCCUUGUUGUGGUUCUAGAUCAAAAUUCCGUCACAGUGAAGGAAUUUAUUAAAGAAUUUUUAGGGUUUGAAUAUGAUUUUCUCGGAUACGUUGCUUUGGUUCAUGUUGGUUGGGUCAUCCUCUUCUGCGUCGUCUUUGCCUACAGCAUCAAAUUUCUGAACUUCCAACAAAGAUAGGCAGAUCAGAUAGUCAAAUAUUGUAGGGAAAAUAACUCAGUGUAUUUUGUUCAAAUUUGGUCCUUUUUUUUAAGCAAACUUAUUGUUUGUGUUUAUCAUAACUUUUUUGACCGGCUAUCAUAGCCGGUCAGAAAGUUUAUGGUGAACACAAACAACAAGUUCGAUAGACCGGUCCAAACUGAUUAGGGGCUCGAGGCAAAUAAAAAAAAUAAGGCUCUUUAAAAUUUUAAAAAGUAGUAUUUUAUGAAAA